GAAGCAGCCAGCAGCAUGAACGGAGGCGACCACUACAAUGACAGCACCGCGGUAUCUUCCCAGCAUAUUCUCCUGCAAGGAAUCCCCAAGAUUCCCUCCGCGAUCCCCUCAAUCACCUCUCAGGAGCAUCUCGGCGGUCCGUCCUCCUUCAAACAACAUCCUGCCCCUUUGUCCUCGAUAGCGAAUCCCAAUGCAGAAUAUUCAAAACGUGUUCCCUCAUCCUUCUCCUUUACCUCCCGUCGCCGACGCGCCGAGCCAUUUCUGAACAACUCCGCUCUCUUCCCUACCUCAAACAUGGCGAUGGCUGAGCGGCCGGCCCAGGGGUGUCUCGGCGACUACAUCAGGGCGCUCGAGGAAGAGCGCAAUAAGAUCGAGGUGUUCCAGAGGGAGUUGCCUCUUUGUCUCCAACUGAUCACGCAAGCGAUCCAGACUGCGAGACUGCAGAUGGCGAAUAAUCGGCCGGUUCUGGAAGAGUCGCUUUCUCUCAGGCGGAGCCCCACGUCGACGGAGGAGGAGGAGGAGGAGGAGGAGGAGGAGGAUGCCCCAUCGGAGACUAAGGCCGAUUGGUUCAUAUCGCUCCAGCUCCAAAAUCGAGAGUGGCCGAAGAAGCCAAUAGCGGUGAGCCUGAAGAAGACGGGCGGCGGCGCAUUCCGGCCAUUUGAGAGGGAAAAUCACAGAGCCUCCACGACGGUGGUGACGGCGGCAAGCAGCUCCGCCACUGUUGUCGCUGAGGGCGAUGGUAAUGAUGACGAAGACGUUGUGGUAGUGGAUAAAGAUAAGGGGAAUAAGGAAGGCGAGGCUCAGUCUCAUCGGAAGGUGAGGCGGUGCUGGUCACCGGAGCUCCACCGCCGCUUCCUCAUCGCCCUCAACCACCUCGGAGGUUCCCACGCGGCGACGCCAAAGCAAAUCAGAGAGAUGAUGAAGGUGGACGGUCUCACCAACGACGAGAUCAAGAGCCACUUGCAGAAAUAUAGGCUCCACCAUAGGCGACCGAGUCCGGCAUCUCAGAGCAGCAGUCAUGGCUAUCAGCAACCGCCACAACUUGUACUGAUCGGAGGAAUCUUGGUUCAGCCGCCGGAGUACGUGAUAGCCACUGGCGCCGUAGCACAACCGGCUGCUAUCUAUACGCCCGUGCCGUCAAAUCUGCCUCCACUAGAUGCCGGCGUCAACGCAACCUCCCCAGCAACCUCGGCAACUACUGCAGAUUCCAUCUAACUCAUCGGCGAUUUAGAUUGCUGGGUUUUUUAAUUAAAUUUUGCAGGGAGAGAAAAUGAUUUCUGUGAUUGGAGAUGAAAAGAAAAUUGAACAAUUAGUGAAACAACCAAAGAUAAAUGGGGAAAAAAUUGUAUCAAGGGAACUUUUAUAAGUUCAAACUCCAAAGUGAUUCAACCAUUUCGAAAUUACUAAAUUAACACGGAGAAAAUAAAUUAUGGAUAAUUAUUAACUAUUAAUG